GGACCGGACGCUGAGAUUGACAGCUGCGGGUUGAUGCUCCUGUUUUCCGGUGAAACUGGUAACAUACCAUGGGGUUAACAGUAAUCACGUGGCCCUUUACGGUCAGCUAUUACUCCCUUUUCUGGACCAUCCCAGCCAUCCUACUACUCUACAAAGUCCUCACAUUCGGAAGCAGGGAGAAACAUCUUCCGCCUGGUCCUCCAACAAUCCCUAUUCUAGGAAACGCCCAUCUCAUCCCACCCGCAGGCUUCUUCUCCAAGCUCAAAGAAUGGGGCGACCAAUAUGGGCCAAUGUUCUCGAUCAAGGUCGGCAAGAGCACCAUGAUUGUCUUGAAUGACAGGCGUGCCGUGCACGAACUCUUGGUCUCCAAGGGCGCCCAUUUCAAUAAUAGGCCAUCUGAUGAACAAUUCCGCCUUGCGUUAAGGGACGAGAAUAUAGCCUUAAUGAAAGAAACCGCAAAGUGGAGGGAGCAGCGCAAGAUCACGGCGCAGUUUUUCUCGCCAAAGAAUUUGGACACAAGUUUGAAGGGUGUGCAAGAAGCCGAGGUCGCUACGUUGAUGUACGAUCUUCUGAACAAGCCCGAGGAGUUUACACAAUCCAUAAAGCGAACGACCGCCUCAAUCGCGAGCAUCACCCUGUUUGGUAAUCGGGCAACGGACUGGGGAAGCUUUUGGGCAUAUGCCGUCUACAUCGCCAUGGAAGCAGUAUCAAAAGCACUCGAGCCAGGAAGCUACCUCCCGGUUGACCAGUUCCCAAUCUUGAAGCUCAUUCCGGUCAGUUGGAUGGAGUCCAGAAAUCGCGCGAACGAAUGCUAUAAGACCGUGGCGGGCGUAUGGAAAGAGGCCUAUGAGCGUGUCAAAGAGCGCCGCGAAGCUGGUGAUAAGAGGGUAUCUUUACUGGACAGCGUUCUCGAGGGGGAAAUCGAGAUGGGCGUGCCACACGCGUCCACGGCGAUGAACAAUUUCUUCGGGGCGGUCCAUCAGGGCGCCGCUGAUACCACAGCCACAGCAACCCUCACGAGCAUCCUGUUGCUCGCUAAGUACCCGCAGUUUCAGGAGAGGGCACGAGUUGAGCUUGACCGUGUGUGUGGUUUUGAAAGGACCCCUAAAUGGUCCGACUUUAAAGACUUACCGUACAUUAACUGCAUCGUCAAAGAAGGGCUGCGAAUAAGACCAGUAGUGCCAUCUGGUGUGCCACAUGUGGCCGCCAAAGACCAGAUUUAUGACGGCAUGCUUAUCCCGGCUGGAAGCGCCGUCUUCAUCCCGGCGUACGGCCUCAACUACCACCCGGACUCGUUCUCCGAGCCGGAGGUGUACAACCCGGAUCGGUACCUUGCCGUAGCACAUAAGCUGGCGCCGGAGCUCGCCGCCUCUCCUAAUUACAGCGAACGGGAUCACUACUCGUACGGCGCCGGGCGUAGGUUGUGCGUCGGCGUGCACAUGGCCGAGAGGACCCAAUGGCGUCUGAUCGCGCAGAUACUGUGGGCGUUCCGAAUCGAGCGGGCGAUCGGUGACGACGGGACGGUGAUUGAACCGGACACAAGCUACGCAGCGUACGAUGACGGGUUCUUGAGCUCGCCGAAGGAGUACAGGGUGCGGUUUGUGCCGAGGAGCGAGAAGCAUGCGGAAGUUGUGAGGCGGGAGUUUAGUGAGAUUGAAGGAUUUCUCAAGCAGUAUGAGUAGGGAAUAAAGCGGGCUUGAUGAGACAUUCUCGCCUUGGGGUUCCGAGCUGCUUCGAGGUCGGUGGAAUAGAGUCCGUGAUAAACUGAAGCUCAGGACUCAGUGGUCGAGGGCAACGGUCUUAGUCUUGCUGUUACGAUAGCUUCCCAUAGUAUCUGUCAGGAAGAUUAUCAUAUGCCAUAUCGCGGGGCGUUUCACUCAUUGCUCGCAUUACUUCCCGACAUAUAGGACAUUUCCUUUAUAUCUCUACAAACUUU